CCGGGCUGGGGGUAUAUAUAUUGGCGGGAGGCCAGCAGCCACACGAACCCGAGCAGAGCCUGCCUGCUGUACGCCUCGCGUAGCUAACAGUGGAUUUGCAUUCUUAAGCCUUGUCUAUAUAUAGUGACUGUGGACACGACUUUUAGACCCGACUACUAACUAGCAGUCAUGGCAAUUACUACUGUAGGGCGCCAAGUGGCAGUAGCCGUGCUUUUCGUCGUCGUUGAGAGCGUUUUCGCGAGGAAUCUGAUUCCGUCCGUGUUCUACUUCAACGUAAGUGUGAGCGGGGACGGCGAGCGCGUGCUGAGCGUCGUGAAGGACGGCGUCUUCGCUCGGGAGACCUCCGUGGUGCUGCCCGAAGGGACGCCCCGCACCCCCACGGCGGACAUCAGGUUCCGCCAGGUGACCGACGGCCGGCUCUUCACGCAGGCCGUGUACGGCGGGGACGGCGUCGUCAGGGAUUGCGACGUUCGAGAAGACCGAGACGCGAUCGACGGCUUCGUCGCCUCGUUCCUUGCCGAGGACACCACGAUGACAGACGCCGCCGUCCGAAGAGGGCUCGUCUUGGGGACGGACUCGCUCCGGAGGGACUACCUCUGGACCGAGUUCUCCCCUCUGGUCGCCGACGGCAGCGAGGGCCUCGUGUCCAACAUCUUAACCCUGGUGGACUUCAAGACGGCGAAGGGGAAGUGUCGGGAGUUUGAGAAGGCUGUGAAAAGAGAGAUGCACCACCAGCAGAGGGAGAAGAGAGACCUGGGCGGCCGGACCAAGCGCGCCGGGAGCUGGCUCAUCUACCCCGGGACGAAAUGGUGUGGAGCUGGUGACAUGGCAUCCAAGUUUGAUGACUUAGGAGAGGAGGCAGAGGUGGACAAGUGCUGCCGGGAACACGACCACUGCGAACACCGCAUCCCAGGAUUCUCCUCGGCAUACGGCUUCUUCAACUACCGCUUCCACACGCUGUCGCACUGUGACUGUGAUGACAGAUUCUACAACUGCCUUCAGUCCACCAGGAAUCCUGUGGCUAACAUGGUCGGCAAGAUCUUCUUCAACGCCGGACAGCCGCCUUGCUUCGACCUCAACGAGGAGCAUGGCUGUUUGAAGCGCUCCUGGUGGGGAGGUUGCUACAAGUAUGGGAUGACCACAGUGGCUACACUGAGACAACCUAUGAAGUACGAACCGUCCAAAAUGAUUCCCCUGGGUGACAACAAAAACAACAAUAACAACGACAACAACAACAACGACAACAACAACAACAAGAACCGAUCGUCGGAGGAGAGAAGUUCCAAGAGGAGGCCAUUCAUGUCUAACACACCGAAGGCUUCAAAACGCAAAGUUAAAUCCAAGAAGAUCCUUCGUGGUCUCAUGGGGCCAACACGGAACAUCGCGAGAAAGUAUUACUAGAGUUCUUUAGUGUAGAGUAGAUUAGAUUCUUCAACAUUCUAUGAACAGAAACACUAGCGAUGAACAUUUCGAGUCACUGACACUCAAUUCACUCUCUCUCACCGUGAAAUGCCACUAUCCCUCCUGAUAUGAGCUAUGCAUAAAUGGAAUCAGCCUGUAUAAUAGCUUACUACUAUUAUUAUUAACAGUAGUAAUAUCAUAUUACGACCUGUCACCAAAAUAUCAAUAAAAUCCAGCACCUGAUAUCAUCAGUGAAAAGGUUGGGAAGUGGACAUAAUACGUGUCAUUGACAAACUUUGGUCAAAAUCAACGCGCCGUACCAACCUAUGAUUCAAAAUGGCCACCGUAUUUGGAAAAUGAAGACCGUCAAUUGUUGUCCCUGUCAUUGCUGGACAAUGUUAAGUAUAGAUCAAACUAAUAAACAUUUGUUAACACAGCAGCCAUUUUUAACGAUUUCGUUUUGAGAAAUCUUUUCAUAGCAUAAGUGAAUCAAUACUGGUUAAAUGAAUGCAUCAUUUCUUGUCGUUUUUCGUGAGUUCCGAAUAUGUUUUAUACGAGGCUCACGAGACGUUGUCAACUGAGUUACUGGUAUAUAGCGCCACACCUCCACGAGAGACUCCUGGCGAGCUGUGAUAACACUACAACAAAAGGCUAACAGUUGAUGUCUUGAUAGCCUCAAGGAGGUUAUAUGGAUGAAUAGCUUGUAUGUUCUGCUAAUAUUGUAUCAUUUUCAAGAGUUCGAUAAUGUUUCCCUACCUUAUCUACUGUAUAUGUAUUUAUUAUACUACUAUGUGAAGAUGAAAAGGCUGCUUUGUACACUUGGCUGCGAGAGAAGUAUAUUAAGGUUUGAGUGAAAUGUGCAUACAUGAACAUUUGUAUAUCGACAGCCAAAGAACCUGACUGCGUUUUGUAUACACAUGACGUACCGCACCAUAAAACCCUAGAACGCUAUUGUUAGUUGGUACCGUUUUUUCUAUUUAUUGUGUUCUGCUAUACAUGUUUCAUCAUCUAAUCGCAUGUAUGGUUUUGGGCAUAAUUUUUGUCAGCCUCUGACUAGCAUGUAACUUGGAAACAUUUCUUAGCCACACCAAACCUGCAAAUGACCUCACAUGUACUACCUCCUACCAACGUUAGAUGACGCAGCUGUUUAGUGAAGCAUCUGCAAGCUGACAUGUAGUUGUACUUGGUUUUGAUUUGUUCAAUAUGAGAGACGCUUGCCACUACCGAAGUGCUUAUUCCCAUGGGAAUGGGGCGCAUGUACACCCAUUGUAUCAUAUCAAUGUAAAUAAAUUGAUAAAGACGAACACUA